UACCUUCCUUCUAAGUUAUCCAAAGCACCACAAACCCCCCUAUUCUCUCUCUCUCUCUCUCUCUCGCGCUCUCUGCUAUGGAGUCUACUUUCUCUCUCUAGACCAGAGGUGAACUUAUUGAAUACUCUCUCUCUCUCUCUCACACAGCUAUGGAGUCUACUUUCUCUCUCUAAACCAGAGGUGAACUUGUUGAAUUCUCUCUCUUUCUCUCUCUAUAUAUAUAGUUAUUGAGAGAGGCAAAGUGGAAGGGAAUUAGAGAUGCCAGAAAUGGAAGGUCCGUCAAAGCCACCACAAAUCUCCGAAAUGUUUCAGAAAUUCGCACUCGCUUUCAAGACCAAAACAUUCGAAUUCUUCGCCGAGGAAGACGAGUCCGUUACCGCCGGCGCCACCACUGACGGCGAGGAUGGAGAUGGGUUCACACUCCUUGACUCCGCCGAAGAAUUCAUUACCGAUCAAAAGGUCGUUGUGAUCAAACCAGACCAAACCCACAAAUCAUCUGCUUCAAAACCAUCUUCCCCAAUUCGAACCAUCGAUACCCAGUUCGCAGAGACUCUGACAUCUUCCCUUUUCGCUACGAUUUCAUCGUUUGAAGCUUACUAUCUUCAGUUACAGACAGCCCAUUCGCCUUUCGAUGAAGACACCAUUAAAGCUGCCGAUAAAGCUCUGGUCUCUCAUCUUCAGAGAUUGUCUGAUUUCAGGAAUUGGUUUAGGAAUUUUCGCAAAAACCCCAAUUGCAUUCUUGAUUUCCCAAUUGGGUCUUGCUCGGAAGCUCAGGUACAAGAGAAUCAGAGCAAGCUUCGGGCUCUGGACACCGUCUUCAAUCGAUUGCAGUCCGAAAUCGACGAUAAAGACACCAAAGUGUUGGCCCUAAGGCAAGAGUUGGAUAAAAUUCACAAGUCUAAUUCGAAAUUGUCGAAGAAAUUACUGAAUUCUAGUUCGAAUUCGAAACCAAGCUCGAAUUCGCCUAUGGAGGUUCUGUUGACGAUUCAGGUUUUCGAUUCGAUGUUGCGCGAAGCUUGUAGAUCAUUGCAUAGUUUUACUAAGCUCUUGAUUGAUUUGAUGAAGAAAGCAGGGUGGGAUUUGGAUUUGGCAUCAAAUUCAGUUCAUUCUGAGAUCGAUUACGCGAAAAAGGGGCAUAGCCGGUAUGCGUUUCUGUCAUAUGUUAGUUUGGGUAUGUUUCGAGGUUUCGAUUCAGAAAAUUUUGGGUUGGAUUUGAAUGGAAUUGUAUGCAAUGGUAAUAACUCAAAUUCAGAGAAAAAUAGUUCUUUGAAGCAAUUAAUCGAGCAUGUAACGUGCAAUCCUAUGGAGGUUCUAAGCAAGAAUCCGAGUUGUGAGUUUUCACGAUUUUGCGAGAAAAAGUAUCAGCAUCUCAUACACCCUUCAAUGGAAUCAUCAAUUUUCAUCAAUUUGGAGCAAAAUGAAGUGGUAUUGAAUUCGUGGAAGUCGUUGAGUGCAUUUUAUGAGUCGUUUGUUAAGAUGUCGAGCUCAAUAUGGUUGCUUCAUAAGUUAGCCUAUUCGUUCAAUCCUAUUGUUGAGAUUUUUCAGGUUGAGAGAGGCAUAGAUUUCUCGAUGGUUUACAUGGAAGAUGUCACGAAGAAAGGUGUGUUUCCGGGUAAGGGGAGGCCUAAGGUGGGAUUCACGGUAAUGCCAGGUUUUAAGAUUGGAAAAACAGUCAUUCAAUCUCAGGUUUAUCUUGUAGGUUUGAAGUGUGCAUAUUAAUAUAUAUAUAUAUAUAUAUAUAUGGGUAGACUAUGUGGGAAAAUGAUGAAUUUCUUGUAUUGGGUUUUUAGUAUGUGAACUAAGAUUUUCGGUUUGUGGCAUUACAAUCUUGAUAUACAAGAAUACAAAAAAAUUCCAGUUGAAGUGUUCAAUCAAAGGCUGUUUGAGUUGGUGUGCUAAGGAAUGAAUUUGGGAAGUACACUAUUCAAAAAUUGCAAGCUUAUCGCUCUAUGGCGUGGAAGCUCUUUGGCUAAUGGUGACAUUUACCUCUAGUUCUCUAUGGUUUGUGAAUUUUCUUGGUUCGUUUUUGGUUUUUUCUUUCUAGAUUGUCUACUUGUAUCCAUGUAGAAAUGGUUGUAAAGAUUUUCCUUUUUUGGGGUUUUCUUUUCGGGGGUGCAUGUGGGGUUGGUUUGACACUAAUACGAUACCAAAUUGUAUGUAGUCUAGAGUUCUGAAAAGUUGUAACUUUGUUUUAAUUUGUCUAAUGGAACUUGCUAAUUGAAUUAUUAUGCUGUCUGUGUAAUCUCUAAAA